AGCAACAUGACGUCACUUCCGGUAACCAUCUUUGUUCGGAUUAGCAGACAAUUUGAGAAACGGCCGGGUAAAAAACAGAGAAAGAAAUAACGGUUUUAAGUGCCGCUGACGGGAUAUUUCACCCUGUUAGGAUUCUGGAAACAUCUUCAACACUGCGACAGUGCUGAACGUCUAGACAUCAGUCGUCCUCAUCAGACAAAACCUGCUGCUGCUGCUUCAGAAUAAGGUCGCUGAGUAGAAGUCUGCAGGGAGCUCACCAUGGUGCAGGAGAAGAAUGACGGGAUAAACAAAGACAUGGUCCUUCCACCGAUUCAACAGAAUAGACCUGCUCUGUCGUGGGAAAUGAAGAUCAAGAAAAAGCUGAAGACGGUGCCUCCCUGUCUGGGCAAGUUCAGACCGACUGUUGGCCAGUGCUGCCACCAGUGCACCCCCGACAGUCUGCGCAAGAAGCUCGGAAAAGACUCUUCCCUUGGCUUUCACAACCUGCUGAGCGUCGACGAGACACACACCAGGUAUCGAGGCUGGUUGGUGCGGAGGGUGUGCUGCGCGCUGUUUGUGAGUGGGAGCAAGGUUUACGAGAGUCCUGUUAGCAGAAGACUGGAGAGAGUCUGUCAGAGCAACAGGGUGAAGGAGGCGCUCACAGCAGAGCAUAAAGAGCCGGAGGGGGGAUACAGCCGAGGGCAUCUCUCGCCAUUCCUCCCCCUCAUUAACACCUGCAUCUCCUCUGGGCCCUUACGAUUCCUGAGCUGGGUGAUGCUGAAGAUGUUUUCAUCCGUGUUUGGCAGCGUUCAAGUUAACCUCAACCAUCUGCCGGCUUUGCGCAGAGCCUCCCAAGAGGGAUCUCUGCUGGUUUACGUGUACGUGCGUCAGAGCGUCAUGGACUGUGCUCUCAUCCCUCUGGUGCUCUUCUGUCACAACCUGAGAGUCCCGUACACUGUGUGUCCCCUCCACAUCAACAGCUCCUCCUUAAGAUCCAUCCUGCAGAGAGUGGGUGUGAUCCUGCUGCCACCUUCUGCAACUACUGAGCAGGAUGCUGAGAUGGACAGUCUCUACUCACCUGUCAUGACCUCCCUGCUACGUGAGCUGCUACAUGAGGGUCAGGCGAUAAGCGUCGGUGUGUCGGCGGAGUCUGGCCGCGGUGGCCAGUGGCUGGCUCGCAUCAGGCAACUCAUCAAAGAGGGAUCUGUCCCCGAUGUCAGUCUGGUCCCUGUGGGCAUCUCCUACGACUGCGUGCCCAACACCAACACACAGGUUGACUUGAGCUCUGUGUUGUGGUGCUUGUGGUCUCUACUCUGGAGGAGACCGGGAGGAAGUGUGAGGAUCCACCUCGCUCAGCCCUUUUCUCUCAAGGAGAUGUGCGAGUCGGGGAGGUGCAGAGUAGAUGAAUGGCUCCCUCUGCAGGACCUGUUGCUGCCUGUUAUCCUCAACAACAGAGCAGACAGUGUGUUCGGGCGGAGGAGGAUGUCGUGGCUUCUGCCCUCGUCUCAUUAUGCAUCUGAACUCAUAGAGCCAACUCAUCCAGAGAGAGACCUCAGCAUCGCCAUCAUCCUCCACCUCAUCUUCUCUGCAGCCUCCUGCACGGCUGUGAUGUCCACCAGUCUGAUGGCCAGUCUUUUGCUGUACAGGCACCGCAAGGGUGUGAGUGCCUCUGCCCUGUGUCGUGAUGUGGCCUGGCUCACGGAGGAGCUGCUGUUCAGGAACAAAGACGUCGGCUUCGGGGGAACUUUAGAGGAGGUUGUCCGCUAUUCCCUCUCUCUGCUCGCCCCUCACCUCAUCAUAGCUGCAGCGCCGUCGAGGAAAGACCCUCUUAUUGUGCCCCGUCCUUCUCUUGCUGCCACGCUUCACCUCACUCUCCAGGCGCAGAUUGUCACUCACACCUUUAUUUUGGAAGCUGUUGGUGCGUGUGCGGUGUCGGCCAUGCUGUGCGAGGUGGUCGGCAGCGGCGUCAGCAGCAGGGUGAGGAGCGACGGCGUGGACGGAGAGCAGGUCAACGGAGACAUGGAGUUUGACGUGGUGCUGUGCCAGUCGGAGCUGACGGAGAGAGCCCUGCAGCUCUGCCAUCUCCUGCCUCCGGGCUUCAUGCCACCCUGCCAGUCGUCCCAGAGUUUCGCUCUGGAUGCCGUUGACAGUCUGGUACGCUGUGGCAUCCUAAUCAUGGAAGAAAUUCCCAGAGACGUCCCCAUCUGUGAUUUCUGGAAGAAGGAGGGCGCUCUGACCUGGACCACCUCUGACGACCCUUAUCACAGCGACUCUGACUGCGACAUGGAGGAGCAGGACCUGCGCUCCUACAAGAUAAGCCAGCCGAGUCAGUGUCCAGAGAUGCUAUUCUUCCUCUGCAGUAUGCUCGCCGGUCAUCUGAGGGCGCUUUGCUGGACGGCCGCCGCUCUGGACCUCCUGCUCACACCUCUGCCAGAGGCAGAGUUUCUGGCUGAGAUACACUUCCGUCUGUGUGACACAGCAAAUAAGAAGAAACAGCACUACGAGAGCUGCUCAGAGGAGGCUGCACACAUUGCAGUUAGAUCGCUAAUAGACCUUGGGGUCCUUUCGGAGGAGCGUCAGAAAGGAGGCGUCUUCCUGGGUGUCGUCCCUUUGUUCCAGCUGUCAGAAAACAGGCAGAAGCUGCACCGCUUCAUCUCACAGUACCUCUACAAUUAAUGUGUUUAACUGUGCAGCAUGACUCAAGGGCCUGACACGGCUUUGUUGUGUUGCAGAGUCUGACCUCAUCCUCUGUGUUCGUGUCGGAGACGCUCGUGUUAAAAAAGAUGCACGCUGAGCCUCGUGCCUUUAGGUUAAUUGCAUUUUGAUUUUUCAGUGAUGAGACACUGAUGUUAAGUUUAUCUUUAGUAAUAGCAUUAGCAUAAAGCCGCAGGAGACGAGGAUUAUAAAGUCCCUGUAAUCAGCUGUGAGGCUCGGCGCAGCUCAUGUUUCGACCAUGUUUAUGUUGUAAUGAAGGACGCACAAGUUUUGUUUGAACAUUAAGCUCAGUUCUGCUUCUUUUUCUAGUUUUUCACAAGUUAACUAAUGUUCAGACUGACAAUAAACAAACGGGUUCCUUGUACACAGA